AUGGAACCAUCUAGCCAGCCAGGUUCACCUGGCGCGGCGCUGCAACCUGUAACGCCUGAUCACGUCAAUCAACAGCGCGAAUCGACAUUGUUCUCUCCAACCCGUACCGGUGGCCACUCCCGCGAUAGCAGCAUCCACGAUAAGAUUUCUCAGUUCAAUCAUCUAGCACAAGCCGGUUCCGCCUCAGCCGUCUCCAUGUCUAAACAGCUGGAGCGCAAAACAGCCGACGCCGCCCUCAAGCGUGCAAUGCUGGGUCGCGAAGCCGCAGAGUCGGAGAUGCGCCGCCACAGAGACGAAGCACGCAACCUGCGCAGACAAUUCGAGGAGGGCCGCGAACGAGAACGGAGGGUUGGCGAGAGAUUGGAGACGGUCAUGGAACAAUACGGCCGAGCCAAAGAGACUUACUCGCAUACCCAGGCGUUAUGGGAGAAGGAGAUACGACGAGCGCGCAAAGAGGCAUUCAAGUCACAGUCGUCCAUUGUGAAAUUGCAAGAGGAGGUCAAGGCGGCGAAAACCUCGCAUAGAUCCUUGCAGGAGAUCCUGGAACGAGAGAAGGAGCGUAGCAAGGCACGAGAGCAGGAAGCUUUCGCCGCGCGCUAUCAGCUUGUCGGCGUCCAAGAGCAGCUAGAGCAGGCUCUUGAGCGUGUUAAGCUCAUUGAACAAGAACGCGAUGCCUUCAAGACACUGGCCAAGAAUGAGGAGGUUGCCCGCAUUGCUGCUGAAGGUCAACUACCCCUACCGCACUCGGAGAAGCUGGACGACGAGUUUGACUCCCCAAAGAAGACUCGUGUCUCGAUCUCGACAGCCGACAUUGUCUCGUCGGCCGUGAGCGAGGCGGAAAUCGACGAGUUGACAAAUCUGUGGCAGUGGGAGAAGCAAAGGGCCGACCGCACACAGGAGCAUCUUGAAUUUCUCCAAGCCGAGUGCCGACUCUCAUGCUGUCCCUGUGCCAAGGCACGUCCAAGACGACGCAGCGGUGUUCGCCCGGGAUCCUCUCGCAAACAACGUUCAGAGCCCGUCGCAAUCCUGGAUCCUGCUGAUCUCGUCAUUCUCGGCCAAAAGCCCGGAUCGCCAGUACAGACGCCGAAUCCAGCCGAAGACAGAGCCGUGCCCGAAACAGAAGUAGAAGUGCCCGAGAAACAGAUCAAGAGAGUCUCCAAGGGGCCAAGACGCAGCACAAUAUUCGUACCGUCUGAGGGCACUUUCCGCACGCUAUCACGGCAAGACGCAGAGGCAAUGGAAGCAGGCAAUGUAUCCAACGCCGAGGGACCAAAUACGGAACCUCCAACUCCACAUGAUCCCCAACCAGAGCCCCGUGUUUAUUCACGCACACCGUCUGUGGAUCCUCCCGCUUUCGCCUUGAUGCUGAAGGAGCGAACAUCUCUAAUGUCCCUCCUCAAUGCCCCACGCCAGAGCGAUGCUCAUGCCUCAACGGCAAGUAUCCCAAAGAUAACCGGAGACGCAUCCACAGAGUACAUGGACCCCGAGCAGUUAGAGGUGGAGGUGGAAACCCCAGCGCCCCCGGAUCGCGAGCGAGCCGUGCCGCAGCCUUCGCCUAGACCGCACACGUCUGCGGCUUUCUACGGCGUUUCAACCAAGACGACCAAGGUCCCAAUCCGUGACGAAAACGUCAACCCCAACAUUUCCGACAAGCGUGGGUACCAAAGUCAAGUUAGAACACCGUCCUUUGACAUCAACAACCCGGCUUUGACACCGACUAUGACUCGUGAGCAAGCUCUGGCGCAGAUCAAGGAGCGACGAGGUAGAGCCCGGAGUAUCGCACAGGGCGUCAUGACACCACGGAAACAGAUGGUAACCGGAGGCCUCGCACGUAGGGACGUGAGCGCGCCGGCUGGCCGAGCAGUGCGUGGCAGAAGCUGA